AUGGGGACAGAAAUAUUUAGGAACCCUUCCAACCCCUGGAACCACGGUAACAAGGACAACAAUGUCGCCGCUGGAUCCCAAUGCGAAGUAUCGUGUUGCGACGCGCGUUACACAGCCACAGGUGACCGUACCUUCCUGAACACUGCGACAAAACGAUAUUUUGAUGCACCGAGAAAGAGUGGCUUAGCUUAUGCUGCGCUCAAAGUCACGAAGUUCUACGACAAGAAAAACAUCUUGGAAUACACGGAAACGGCAAUUCGAUUCGUGCACAUCAAGAACGCACUCAAGAAAGUGAUCCCUUCGGACUAUCCUGGGCUGAACUUGACUUCUGAGACUCUUGUCAUGCGAGACUUUCUGCAGUGCGUAUAUUUCUAUCACCGAGAGAUACGCGAAUAUGGCGAAGCACUCAAAGAUGAAGAAGCGGCUCGUCAUGUCAACCUUGCUUUAGAACAUCUUUACCAUAGCUUAGGCCACAGCAUCGAAAGUUUUCGCGAAAACGUCGAGGAAAACUUAGAAGACCCAGAGCGCGAGCCAGUUUUGGACUUUGAAGGCCUAUGGAUGGCGUUCUGCCCUGGAGAUCUUGUUGCAGUGAAGCAACACAACAAGCACUACGUCUACCAGGUAGAGAAAACGGAAUACGCCGACUCGUUGUUCCACUGCCCUUACCUCGACCUCAGGCUGCGCUCAUUAUACUGUAAUGGAGAUCAUGUUGGCUUUGCCAAUACACAUGAGAUUAUCUCGAAGAGGACGUGCUAUGGAUUCACACCUCUUCUGGACCUUCCGGUUCUUCCGCUCAGAUGGCUGCAAAAGGCUCAACGGGAGCACAUCUUGAGCGAAGCCAAAAUUAGGGGAGAACGAUUCAUCCUUCUGUCGACCGGGAUUCAUCACUGCGACUAUGACGGCCUCGCUGAUGUGAUAAAUUUCGAGCGAGAUGGAGACGGCGAUCCGGUUCCCCCUAUGACCCGCUCGAUCACUGGAAGAGUCAUCAUUGACAGCAACAAAUUCGCCAAAUCGUGCCCGGACUAUGUUCGAGAUCUAAGAAGCGAUCGCCCUCAGUAUCGCAUCGGGGAAUUAGAUGAGAACGAUAUCCCAGAGAAGGAUAUGCUUACCGCAAGCGGUGUACUACUAGGAUUCUCACUAGCUCGCAAGAGUUGGGCCAAGUUCGAUAUCGAUUACUGCCAAACUGUGCGUUACAACCAGCAUGCUUUUGGUAAGCUGGUUCUACCAAAACCACAGAAAGACAUGAUACGAUCCCUAGUAACUGCGCAUAAAAAUGGGAGCAUGGGUUUCGACGAUAUAAUCGAGGGAAAAGGCAAGGGCAUGACGCUGCUCCUCCACGGAACACCCGGUGUCGGCAAGACACUAACAGCCGAAAGCGUGGCGGAACACGCCAAGAAGCCGUUAUAUUCUGUCACGGCGGCGGAGUUCGCGGAGAAGGUUUCGGUAACGGAGAGAAAACUCAACGACGUGUUUGAUCUUGCCGCUCAUUGGGAUGCCGUACUUCUCAUCGAUGAGGCUGACGUCAUCCUCACGAGAAGAACAUAUGCCGAAGUGGAACGAAAUGCGGUAGUUGCUGGGGACAAGGCAGAUGAAUUCCUGAAUGAUACCAUUCUCGAAGAGAUCUCUGCCUAUGAGUUCGAUGGCCGCAUGAUCAAGAAUGCCGUCCGUAUGGCACACGCUGUGGCCACUGACGAGGGUGCUGAUAUCAACGUAUCUCAUAUGCGUAAGGCAAUUCAGUCACUGCAAGACUUUAAGCAGGAUAUGGAGGAGGCGGAUAGAGAGGAAGCAGAAGACGCUCAAGGCGACUUCAAUGCUUGUACCACAUCGAGCUCUCGGAAGCGUAAGCGAACGUCUUCACCGGCCGCUGAUCUGUAG